AAAAACACAACCGUGGAGCCUGGGUCAACCCAUUACUAUGAAUGAGCAGUGACCAAUAGAAAGGGGCGAGGAAGAUCCAAGAACUGAGCAAACUUCAGCUCCAGACACAGGAUUCAGCGAUACAUUCCUGGACAGCAAGAUACUAUAAUGGCAACCACAAUCUGCUUCAUCAUCUGGGUGUUAUUCGUAACAGAUACGGUGUGGACUCGAAGUGUGAGACAGGUUUAUGAGGCAAGUGAUCCAGAGGACUGGACAAUGCAUGAUUUCGAUUGUCCCAGGGAAUGUUUCUGUCCCCCCAGUUUCCCUACUGCUUUGUACUGUGAAAACCGAGGUCUCAAAGAAAUCCCUGCUAUACCAUCAAGGAUCUGGUACCUUUAUCUUGAAAACAACCUGAUAGAAACCAUUCCUGAGAAGCCAUUCGAGAAUGCCACCCAGCUGAGAUGGAUAAACCUAAACAAGAACAAAAUAACCAACUAUGGGAUUGAAAAGGGAGCCCUGAGCCAACUGAAGAAGCUGCUUUUCUUGUUUCUGGAAGAUAAUGAGCUAGAGGAGGUACCUUCCCCAUUGCCAAGAAGCUUAGAACAAUUACAAUUAGCUAGAAACAAGGUGUCCAGAAUUCCUCAAGGGACUUUCAGCAAUCUGGAGAACCUGACUCUUCUUGACCUGCAGCACAAUAAGCUAUUAGACAAUGCCUUUCAAAGAGACACCUUUAAGGGGCUCAAGAACCUCAUGCAGCUAAAUAUGGCUAAGAAUGCCCUGAGGAAUAUGCCACCAAGAUUACCAGCCAAUACAAUGCAGCUGUUCUUAGACAACAAUUCCAUUGAAGGAAUACCAGAAAAUUAUUUUAAUGUGAUUCCUAAAGUGGCCUUUCUGCGACUCAACCACAACAAAUUAUCUGAUGCUGGCCUUCCUUCUAGUGGUUUUAAUGUAUCAUCAAUUCUAGAUCUUCAACUGUCUCACAAUCAACUCACAAAGGUCCCCAAAAUCAGUGCUCAUCUGCAGCACCUUCAUCUCGAUCACAACAAAAUUAGAAAUGUGAACGUCUCUGUAAUAUGUCCUUCGACUCCUACCACACUGCCUGUGGAAGAUUCCUUCAGUUAUGGACCUCAUCUUCGCUACCUCCGUCUGGAUGGAAAUGAAAUCAAACCACCAAUCCCUAUGGAUUUAAUGACCUGCUUCAGGCUCCUUCAGGCUGUCAUUAUUUAAAUGUGUCUUCAAGAAUCUAAACUUCACUUAAUGAGUUCAGAUUUCUGACAUGAAAUUUGGUUACCAUUCAUAGGUGUAAGAUAAAAAUCACUUUUUUAAUUGCUUAUAUGGCCACUAUUUUAAUUUGUGCAACUUAUUUCUUCUAAUCAAAGUUGCUUUUCCCCAUAUAUAGCACAGCCUGAUUUUCUUUAAUAAAACAGGACACAGAGUCAAGAUAGUUUAUCAACUCAAAGAUAGUUCCUUUUUGUCUUUCUCACAGCUUACUAAUGCCAAUUAAUGAAAAUAAAUUGUUAUUCAAUAGAAACGAUGUAUUUGUUUGCAGAUGUUCAAAAUAGCUUAUGCAGAUACUAUAAUCACAGUAGAACACAACAAUCUAACAAGAGGUAGAAAUUUCUAGAGAAAAAGAAAAAAAAUGAGAUAUUUCUUUAUCAUAAUUAUAAAGAAAUAAUUAGAUUCAUAUUGUUAAGUAGCUUUUGUAAGUAUCAUUUUGAUAUUUAGCUCAAGAAUUGUUAUGAAAUGCAUUGAAUACUUUAUAGCAAGAAAAUUUUAGCUAUUUAAUACUAAAUAAUAAAGCAAUAGGAAU